UCGACAGGGCGCGCCAUUAAUCGGUGCUCCACGGGGAGAGAAAAUGUUAAUCACAAAUCACAUGUUGGAGACCAGCGCGGGGCAGGAAGAGGCACCAUUUACGCACUGCACAACUUCGUAGAAGAGAGUGCGCACAGGCUGAGGGGAUUAGAGUACUUUUGACUGUGGCGCUGCGUGAGGUGCAUGAAGCUGACAUGGCCAUCACAGGCUAACGGGGAUCUGUCGUGCCAGGGUGCGUCCUGGACUCUCCGUCUGCACAGUCUGCGCUGACACAGACGCACUUGGUUCAAGGCAUGUGUGAGGACCUUCUGAGUGUACGAGACCAGAACCUGAAUGGGGAAAACCCACGUGGAAUUUGAGAUCUGAUGGAAGUCCGCAUCUUUCCCGCAGCUCUGCCUUGGACCACAACUUGCGAUUAAACUUUGCAGUAAUGUGAAGGAGACGAAGGAGAUGUUUGUUUCCAGCAUGAGGUUACACGAACUCAAAUGAGGGUGUGGUAUUAUUUCAUACACUGUUGGAGAUGAAGGCAGACCGACGAACUAUGACCUUAUUCGUGUGGAUAUUAGUCUUAAACUUUUUCUUGUGCUGGACUUCGGUUGAAGCUCAGAUGGGGUUUGAUGGUCCUCUCUCUGCACAGGAGCAGAUGUACAUCCUGUAUGAAAUCAAACUGCAGUGCUACCAGAACCUCUCCAACAUUGACCCAGGGUCCGCAGAUGAAACGUGCCCUCCAGACUGGGAUGGUCUUAUUUGCUGGCCCCAUGGGUCCCCUGGGCUGGUUACUAAGGUCCCCUGCCCGUCUUACAUCUAUGACUUCAAUCACAAAGGACAUGCUUACAGAAAGUGUGACGUCAAUGGUUCCUGGGUGUUUGUGGACCGCUGGAACAAAACGUGGACCAACUACUCGGAGUGUCUGCGCUUCCUUCAGCCCAGUGAUGAGGAAAGGAGACAAGAAUUCUUUGAUCGGCUGUAUGUCAUGUAUACCAUCGGCUACGCUGUGUCCUUCAGCUCUCUGCUCGUGGCCAUUGUCAUCAUUGGAUACUUCAGACGUCUCCACUGCACCAGAAACUACAUCCACAUGCACCUGUUUGUUUCCUUCAUGUUACGGGCUGUCAGCAUCUUUGUGAAGGACAAAGUCGUCCAUUCUGAUGCUGGAUUGCAGGACUUUGAUUCUGCCCUGUUGGACAAUUUAAAAACGGUUAGCAUGGCACCACUGGACAAGUCUCAGUAUAUCGGCUGCAAGGUAACAGUGCUGCUCUUCAUCUAUUUUCUGGCCACCAACUACUACUGGAUCCUGGUAGAAGGCCUCUACCUCCACAGUCUCAUCUUCAUGGCCUUCCGAUCAGACUCCAAAUACCUCUGGGGCUUCACACUCAUCGGGUGGGGUGUUCCAGCUGUUUUUGUGGCAGUGUGGGCGAUUGUGAGGGCAACACUUGCAGACGCCAGGUGUUGGGAGUUAAGUGCUGGUAACAUUAAGUGGAUCUACCAGGUUCCCAUCCUGACAGCCAUUGGGCUCAACUUCAUCUUGUUUGUGAACAUCGUUCGAGUGUUGGCUACCAAAAUUCGCGAGACAAACGCGGGGAGAUACGACACCAGGAAACAGUACAGGAAACUUGCCAAGUCCACCCUCGUGUUAGUGCUGGUGUUUGGCAUCCACUACAUCAUCUUUGUUGGGAUGCCUCAUACGUUUGAGGGACCGAGCUGGGAGGUCCGCAUGUACUGUGAGCUGUUCUUUAACUCCUUUCAGGGUUUCUUUGUGUCCAUCAUCUAUUGUUACUGCAACGGAGAGGUCCAGACUGAGAUCAAGAAAACAUGGACACGCUGGAACCUGGCCUUUGAGUGGGAGGGCCCGGUGGUCUGCGGCCGCUACCAUUACGGCUCCGUCGUUGUCGGCCUCAACAACAACAACAGCACCAGCAGCCAGUCCCACCUGGCAGGAGGCGGCCCCUCCACUCGAUCCACCACGCUUGUUUCAAGCCGUGUUUAUCGGAGCACAGGUCCUUCUGUGAUCAGCACGCACGCCACCCUCCCAGGAUACGUGAUCAGUAACUCAGAUCCAUCCAUACCUGAAGAACCUGAGGACAGCGGCCCCAAACGGGUGGACGAUAUCUCACUCAAGGAGAACCUUCCAGUUCUCAGUCCAAGUGCAACAAAUGAGGAUGAGGAGGAAACACUGUAGCAGUCGUCAGCAGUGGAAGCUUGUAGAUGGGGUUGUGUUCACUCAGUCCAGUCUCAUGCAACUCUACAAAGUCUACAGAGGGGAUCAAAAAGUCUGGCUGUAUGUACAAGCGUUUGAAAAGUGUCUAGAAUCGCCUCAUAAAAAAAAUUAAAAUACAAAGAGGCUGUUUAGACAAAGUUGAGUGCCAGAGUGUCUCACCGGGAGUUGCCAAAAUCCAAAAUGUUCAAAUUGUACCUACAGGAUGUACCAGCUGAUUGAAACAAGUGACGAAGCUGAACCGUCAACUCUGAAAGCAAGCUCCGCAGCUACGCUUUUCACUUAUGUGAAACUUACUAACAAUUAUUAUGUCUGAUGGCGAUUGUUUGCAUAUGAAAAUAUUUGUAGGAGACAGGUUGAGGUGCUAAAAAAUUAAAUGCAAAAAAAACCCCAAACAAAACAAAACAAACAAACAAAAAAAAAAACACUGGCUGCAACCAGUUUCACUUACACAAAGGAACGAAGCACAGAUGUGAAACUUCUGAAGAUUAUGAAAAGGACCAAAAUGAUUGAUUAAACAUAUUUUUUUUUAAGGGAGGGCAAUGCCAUAGUGUCCUUUACUGUCUGUAAUUGAAAAUGUGUUGUUGCAUAGACUGUGGUCGUCUGAUUUCAGUUUAUUUGAGUAUUUUCAGUAAAGUGUACUUUAUUUGCUGUCACCCAGAUUGUAUAUAACAAGAGUACCACAAACGACCUUUAUCAAAAGGCAGGAUGGGAAAACACGCACAGAAGUAUUUAAGAAAUACACAUAGAAAUAAAUAUAAAUCGGUGCAAUAUAAAAGGUGUUACUUUUAAAAAGUACCAGCAGCUGCAGAAAAACACUCAUCUGCUGGAAUGAGGAGACUUGAUGAACAUCAGUGAAUAAAACACACAUUAGAUUCCUAAAUGUCAAUUUCUCCACAUGUCCCAAAGCUACAUAGAAAAUCUAAUUUGCAGCCAUUCACAGAAGCGUUUAACCCUUCAGGCAAGGUGACUUCAAUUCCAGCAGGUGACAGUUAUCUGUCAUGCAAGAGGAGGAAAGUGGUCAUGAGUUAUUUUCAUGGACAAAGUCAUUGUCAUAACGAACUAAUGUGCUUGCUCGUACAAUCAACCCGCCUGGAGAAGAUGUUAAAAUCACGCUGAACUGCUGACAUUUGCGGACUGCCUCGCUGCUGCUUGUAAGGAAAGCUGGAAUAACAAUUUAGUAGUACGUACAGUUUUUAAUGGGACAUCAAAUGUAGAAGCAACAUGAAAAAAACCACCAAGAUUUUCUUAUUUUGGACAGUCACCUGUGGUGCUGACUGCGAAGGGCUACAUUUGGUGGCUGCUUUAAGGCUUCGUGUCUGCAUUGUGCAUGUUUAUCAGUACGCUAGAUGCAGUGCUUGUUAUAAACAGUCCCUUAUUGUACAUGUGCCUCUCCUUUAAAACUUG